ACGGCUGGUAUCAACACCGUCUGCUCUGCAGCGGCUCGACAUCCAACCAAGAAGAGCGAGGCAAUAUCUUCGUAUAGAGUGGCACACGUCUACGGGAAAGCCUCCACAGAACGCUCGCUCCAUCUCAGGACAGCCAGCCGCGAUGGCGCGAUUAUCACUAAUUCUUUCGACUGGAACUUGAAUGAUCCUUACGCGAGGUCUGCCGAGCGCGGUAUCCCCAGGCCAGACUCACCAACCAUAUGA